AUGGCUUCUGACGAGACUACCCGGCUCCUUCCAAGUCCAGAAGAUGAACAACCGUGCGAUCGGGGUGAAAGUGAGACUAGAGGGAGCAUUUCUGGCGGAACCGGGCUAGCCAUUUUCAUCGCAUACCUAGGUGCAUUUUUGGCCAGUACAGAUGAAUCUCUCGUCAUAGCAACUUACGAUAUCAUUGCUUCCGAGUUCCAUGAGCUAUCGAAAGCAUCAUGGCUCGUUACGGGAUACAAUUUGGGCUAUUGCAUCGCGUUACCAGUGUACGGCACCCUAGCAGAUAGCCUGGGACGCCAGAGAUCUAUGCUUCUGGGAUACCUAGUGUUCGCCCUUGGCUGUCUAAUCAGGUGGGUGGGACGCAACUGGAGCGAUCAAUCUGGCGGCGCCCAGCGAGGUUGCAUUAUUGCGCAGCUACACCAAUGUCGUGAACAUGCUCGGAAGGGGUGCUGGAGCUCCGCUGGGACGUGUAAUAGUCAAUUCACUAGGUUGGAGAUGCUUAGGGCUUUCACCGGCCGGCUACCCCUUAUUGUACUGUGUCUGUUUCUAUCCCGGGUGCAGUUCCCUACAAAACCUCGAGCAGCCACUCCUGCCGCUGAGACGUCCAACAUUGAAAAGCUAAAAAGACUGGAUUAUUUCGGCAUUUUUAGCUUCGCGGCUGCGGUCUUCACCCUAUUGCUAGCUUUGACGGCAGCUGGAACAAUUGACAGAAAGCUAUCCACGGUGUAUGCCCUGCUAGGGAUGUGUACACUAGCCACCGUGGUAUUUAUCUGCCAUGAAUGUCUAUGGGCAGCAAAGCCGCUGGUACCCUUACGACUGGUCACCAAGGGUGUUGGGCAGUACUGGCUGGUGCAGGUGGUGCUGUUUAGCGGACGAUGUGGUGUCACCACUACCAUUACACAAUACCUGACACAGGUGAGGCAAAUGCAGGAGGAAGGGGCAACUCUAUUUCUUGUUCUAAGCACCAUGGCUCUGGCGGUGGGCUCGAUCAUUUCGGGGUUCUCGAUUAAACGAACGAAACGUUAUAAGAAAAUGAGUCUUGCCUCCGCCGCGAUUAGCAUAGUUGCAUCAACUCUAUUAUUCUUCUCGUGGCAUUUUGAUCGCCCCGUCUGGGAAACGCUCCUCGUCAUUCCCAUGAGCACCCCCAUCGGCAUAAUCAUAUCGGGCGAGUUCAUUGGUAUGACCGGUCGUGCACCACAGGAAGAUAUGGCGUCGUGUGUAGGGGCAUACUAUCUCAGCCAACAAUUGGGAGUGAUUCUCGGAGGAUCCUUCGCGCCGUUGUUGGUGCGGAUGGGAUUCAUGCGGGAUAUUGCCGGAAAGUUUGGGCAAAGGACCCCAGAAAUUGCCCGCCAAGUUCUGAGCGACGCGCGGUAUGUUGAUACGCUGCCAGAAGGCAUGCAGGCGGUUGUCCGAUCGAGUCUGCAGUACGGUUAUCAGUUCAUUCCGAGUAGGUGUAUCUCUUUCCAUGUGGACAUCGGCUAA